AUCCAUCUCAACUCCCUCGUUGGUGAACGAUCGUGGUCUGAUGGUGCGGGCCACUCUCACCCGAUCUGGCAACUGGCACUGAAUUGUCGCGCGUCAUCCUCUCCCAGAAGGACCCCAAGGCAUGGACUCCAAGGCCACCCUGGGCAGUAUCCAGAAAGCUGUCUGGGACGGAAAGCUGCCGUUACAAAUCACUCUCGCUCCGGCAGAGAGUCGGACAUAUGACGAGACCGAUCCUUAUCUGAUCUCCUACCCCCGCGUCUCAUACCUCCCAUCCCUCCUGCCAAAACUGAGGGCCUUCUUCUCCGCCUCUCUGAUCGACCCAACCACGAGCCCCCACGAAGGCUGGUUCUCCUUCGAAGGCGUCCCGCUGAAAUGGCACUACCCCGUCGGUCUCCUGUAUGACCUCUACGCCGGCGCGGACCCCGCGUCCAAAGGCGGCACCGACACCGACCUGGCCUCCGCCAGCGACGACGACCCGCUCCCCUGGUGUCUGACCAUCCACUUCAGCGACUGGCCGGACGAAGAGCUCGUUCGCCUAGACGCGGAUGGAAUGGUCAUGCACGACGCGUUCAUCAACAGCGUCAAGGAGGCGGAUUUCCUGCGCAACGGCAACGCGAAGGGAAUAAUGACGCUCUCGAAAGAGGACUCCUCCGGUCUUUGGGAGGCGGUUAGAGAUGUAAACCUCCCCUCCUUCCAACGAAUAUCCAACAUCCUCCUCCCGCCCCCCUCGCAACCCUUCCGCAACGUCCCCAUCCGCCUCUUCCUCCCCCUGCCCCCGGACUCCGGCGCCCCAUCCCUCAAAGUCGUGCAGUCGCCCAUCCCACCCUCCAUCUUACCGUCUACUGCCUCCGCGACGAGCAUCGCCGCAAGCCAAUCCAUUCUUUCUGCCGCGAGAGGCCCGCAAACGCAGACUAUCGGGUCUGCGCUGCAUACCCUCCUCCCGCAUUUGUUUCCCAGUCGGAGGACCCCCGUGUUGGCGAAGCCGGUGUUGCAUGGGGCCGCGGUGCCGAUGGGGCGCCCGUUGAGGAGGUCGUAAGGGCGGCGGGGUAUGGGGAUGGGUGGGUUUAUAUCGU